AUGCACUCGCGAGCAGUUCCUAGGACUGCGCUUGGGAUGCAAUUACUUGUUCGUGAGGAAGACAUGGAAACUGGAGAACCAUGUCUGGAUCAUGAGACUGGUGAAGAGGUGGCAGUGACUGCUCUUCAGCCAUGUCCACACCGCCAUCCUCCUCAACCACCGCCUCCCUCUCAACCCACGGAUGCUGAGACUGGGGAGCCAGAAGGACAGCCUACUGCUAAAAAGAAGCCCUUCCAGAUACCCAAAAGUAUCCUAACAAAGAAGGAGAUUGGUGAUAUCAAAUUUGAUCAGUCAUUUGCGGGAGCGCCUAAAGCUCCAGUAUCCAAAAUGUCUCAUAUAAACUGCUUGCAACACAAAAUGGCUUGCUCAGCAAACAUGAGUCCAAUACUUUUCAUGCUUCCAACAGUAUUUUUGUUCCCAGCAUGGGCAAGUGUGCUGUUGAUUGUAUUUGAGCUCAUUUGCCAUGCCUAUGUGCACAAAAAGAACAAACUUCUUCCAAGAACUUCAAAGCUAGUUUACAGAUCUCCUUUGCACCUCAUCACAUCUGUGUUUUGUGCCUAUUGCCAAUCAGACAAGCUCAUGAUCAAGAUUGGCAAAAUGCAAGACGAAAGACUGUUGCGAGCUCAUAGGAAAGAAUUGGCUUACUGCUCUUACGUUGAACGGGUGAGCGUAGUGAGCUAAUAUUUCUAAAUACUGGAUUCCAAUGACAGUCCAGUUAUAAAGUGAAAGGCUUUGAGUCAAGUAGAGGUUACUACUUAACUAGUGGUUUUCACACAGAGAACCCUACUUGCAAUGAAAGAAUUAUAUGCGCUAAAAGUCUCAAAGUGCCAUUGGCUACACCACCGAAAAUGAAGGACUGAAGCAUAGAGACUGAGGACAGCCCUUAUAUCUGAAAAGGGAAUAUCAGAUUCUUUGCUAUGAUGUUUGGACUGCCUCCAAGGGUAAAGAUAGCAAUGAAUUUAUUACUCGUAAAGGUCACACAAAUGUUCCGAGUUGCUAUUUAAUCACUGGUGCAUGGAUGGCUACAAGUUAUGGUAUUUUUUAAUAUCAUAGAUUGUGAAUUUUUUCUAAAAAGAGUAGAAGAUUGUCAGGACUCAGAAGUUCUUAUACAGUGCAACAUAAUUAAUUUUCAUUCUUUAUUUCCUUAAAAAGAACUUCCUGAAUUUUUUUUUUUUGUUUCAAUUGUACAUAUUCAUAAAAAUUGAAGAAUCAUUUCCUGUGUUAUUUUAAUACUCCAGCACUGAAUUUUUACAAUUUGUAUGUGAAGUUUUAAAUUAAAUAUUAAUAAACCUAAAAUAUUACAAUAGUUUCAAAUAAAAAAUUGAUAUCACCUUUCUCUCGCUUUUCUGAUUUGACAUUAGCCUUAAGGGCCCAUUCAAGUCGGACCUCAUCAGAUGAAAUUUAAUGUAAUGAACAGGGAAUUCAGAAAGUGAAGUUCAACACAUGUACUUCUUUUUUGUACUAAAAGUUACUGUUUCCACAACAGAUUCUUUAAUUCAAUUUUAUAACUGUGUAUACAAUUAAUCUACAGAACACAAACCAGUUAGACAGAAACUAAAAUCCAAUCCAAGAAGAAAAGGUACUUUCACGAUAUAUUUAAAAUCUGGUAAUUAAUACAUAAUGUACUGUAAGUUGGGAAUCUUAUUUUUUGAACUACUAUAAAAUUUUGAUAACAGUAUCUUCCUCCUCUUACGAUUUAAAUAUCAUAUUGGGACCCACUUCCUUUGGUCUGAAGACAA